GGUACGAGCACGAGUGCCAUGCUGUGCUGUGUGAUACAAAGAAAUGGCAGAUGCAGAUUCCCUCCUUAGUUUCUUUAAUCACCUCUUCCCUGCGGAAGACAAGAUCAGUACGUAUUUUCCUCCUUACUGUCUUGAAGCUUUGUCUUGCACUCCACAUCACUCUACAGUCUACAGCAACACCCAUGAGAUAUCAGACAAGUGCUUUCAUCAGGAGCCAGAACUAGGAAACACGGCAUUCAGCAGCUGAUUUGAUACCCACCCACCGAAAGCUGAUUUCUGAAGACUCCGUGGGUUGGUGCAUGGGAUUGCUUCUUGUCCUCCGUUCCUCCACGAGAAGCGUGAAGGGCGAGGUUGGCAUGAAUGUGAUGGUGUCAGAGGGCCUGAUGCUGCCAUUUCUGCGUAUUGUGUACGAAAUUACUGUGGGUGCAAAAAGCCAGAGGCAGAAGACGACAGCAGCAGAGGGAAGAAGGAGUGGGCAUUGGUAAGCAUAACUGCCAUCCGAGAGGACCGUUCCACAUCACCCUUCCCCUAAAAGCCGGCUCUGCUGUUACACGUUCUUGGCCGCUAGCCUUCCUCCCCCUCCUCCUCUCCCUUCUCCUCCCGAAAGGGCAAGCAAGCCUACCAAUCAUAGCCAAGAUACCUGCAUUCCUUCUUCAUUGCGGCCUCUCUCCUCUCUUUUACAUGUAUUUUCUGCUGCUUUGGGCCUUUGAUACAUUUCUUUGAGCAAGCUAUCGCUUCUUCAACUGCCCCAGUUAGUGACCAAGAGGAACACAUCAAGAGAAUUUUUCUAUCAUCUUCCGCACUAAGAAAAUGGCAAUGAGGAAUCUAGGAAAAGUGGGAGUUCAAUAUAUGCAGAAACUUAAUGCCUUAAAUCAUUCUACAAGCAUAAUAGAGGGACAAAAUCGCAUCGUAGAGGCUUCCCUUACUCUUAUUCGUGAGAGAGCACAGCAUAAGGCAGAUAUUGUGAAAGCUUUGGGAGGUGCUGUUGCAUCAUCUUCACUUCUUGGUGUUCCACUUGGGCACAAUUCAUCCUUCCUUCAAGGCCCUGCAUUUGCACCUCCUCGUAUUAGGGAGGCUAUUUGGUGUGGUAGCACAAAUUCCACUACUGAAACUGGGAAGGACUUGAAAGAUUUACGAGUUUUAAAUGAUGUUGGUGAUGUUCCUGUCCAAGAAAUUCGAGAUUGUGGUGUGGAUGAUGAUAGAUUGAUGAAUGUCAUAAGUGAAUCUGUCAAGAUAGUCAUGGACGAAGCUCCGCUUCGUCCUUUGGUUUUAGGUGGUGAUCAUUCAAUUUCCUUCCCUGUUGUAAGGGGUGUAUCUGAGAGGCUCGGAGGACCUGUAGAUAUUCUUCAUUUAGAUGCUCACCCUGAUAUUUAUCAUGCAUUUGAAGGAAACAAAUACUCUCAUGCUUCCCCUUUUGCUAGGAUAAUGGAAGGUGGAUAUGCAAGACGGCUCCUGCAGGUCGGCAUUAGAUCAAUAACGACUGAGGGACGUGAGCAAGCCAAAAAAUUUGGGGUCGAGCAAUAUGAAAUGCGAACAUUCUCAAAAGAUCGAGCAUAUUUGGAGAAUCUGAAACUUGGUGAAGGCGUAAAAGGUGUGUACAUUUCAUUAGAUGUCGACUGCCUGGACCCUGCAUUUGCACCUGGAGUGUCACAUCUGGAGCCUGGAGGCCUCUCCUUCAGAGAUGUACUCAACAUUCUCCAUAACCUGCAAGGUGAUGUUGUUGCUGCUGACGUUGUGGAAUUCAAUCCGCAGCGUGACACUGUUGAUGGAAUGACUGCAAUGGUUGCUGCUAAGUUGGUCAGAGAACUCUGUGCAAAGAUGUCUAAAUGAUCCGAAUCAUCCCCAUUGAAGUGAUCCAUAGACCUUGCAUUUAUAGACUUUUGUGGCUGUUACUAAACAGGGGAAUUUCGUGUCACUAUGUCUUAAGCAAUUUUGUUGUGGGUGUAUCUAUAUGUUAGCACUCCCAUGCAUAAGAAUUUGGCAAUAACUUGUAAUUUGCAAGUUAGGACUUAGGACCGCAUACUUAUAGACGAUAUAAUUUAGAAAUGUUGAAAUAAUCAUUCUAGUUUCAA